CAAACAUCUACGUAUCGAUUCAAAUCGGUAAAUCGGAAACUAGCCGUACUACCCUCCUAUAAUCUUACAAAUUCGACCAAAGAUGGACGGCGCCAUCCCCAUCGUAGAUGCCCAAAACAAGGCAUCCCCCGAACUGAAAGCCGUGAUCGCCUACCUCCGGAGCAAGAACGGGCCGAAAGCUCGUCGAGGCGUCCUCAAUGGGAAACGGGUCGACUAUUUCAAAGGCAAGACGGCGAUCAAAUGUCUCCUCGCGCCCGCCUACGCAAAGACGAAAAAAGUUCCCAAAGUAACCAACGAAGAAGAAGCUUCGGCUCUCAUGGUCAGGUUGUUACCUCACGCCUUCUUCCUCCAAACCGAUCGACCUGAACCCCCUACCCCGCUCCCAUCCGGCCAACCUCGCCCCCUCCAAAUCUCUCCCCAACAAUCCUUCUCCUCCACCUCCUACUACACCUGGUUCGUAACCCCAUCAGCACUGACGACUUACCUCGGCUCAGCUCUCCUAGUCCUCAUCUUGCUGGCGGGUGUAAUGUUCCCCCUCUGGCCCCCCUCGUUACGCUUGGGGGUUUAUUACCUCAGUUUAGGGGUUCUGGGUCUGAUCGGGGUGUUCAUGGGGAUCGCGGUGAUCAGGCUGAUAAUCUGGGUGGGGACGAGCUUGGUGAUGAAACGUGGGAUCUGGUGGUUCCCCAACCUGUUCGAGGAUGUCGGAUUCGUCGACUCCUUCAUCCCCUUUUGGGCAUGGGACACCCCAACCCCCAAGAAAUCCAAAAAAUCCACCUCUUCCUCUUCUUCGAAAUCUUCCUCCUCAAAGUCCUCCAAAUCCAAGAAAUCCCAAUCCCAAUCCCAAUCCCAACCCGCCCCUGUGGUGGGACUCGGCGACGCUCCCUCGACAGCUACCGCACCCGGACCGGUCACUUCGGAAGGCUCGGCCAUGCAUUUGGGUGGGCAGGCGAACAUGCGUCAGAGGCAACAGGCUUAUGUGGAAGAUGCUGGAGAUGACGAGUAGAUAGUAGUACGGCUGGACGAUUCGAG